AUGCAUCAUAACACAGAACCCACAGCUAGCGCAUCGGCCAAAGACACCGAAGUUGAACAACCAGUCGCACCUGACCUUACUCCCAUUGCUAUAGCAGCUCGAGGGAGAGAGAUCACUGGUCUGAGAAUCUUCCAAAGAACAAUAGCCGAGGACGAUAUCACGCGGACCAGGCUAGAGGAGCUCCUUUUGGCAAUGAACACCGACCAGCCAACCGGAGGCGUGGACAUGACAUAUGGCAAUGGGGACGCCCAGCAUCUCCGUUAUUGGGAGUCCAAAUCCACCGACGCUCCGAUCAUCCUCUUUGUCCACGGUGGCAGUUGGCGAUCAGGGACGUAUUUGGACUCGAUUGGGUCGACAAAAGUUGCCCAUUUGACCAGCCAGGGUUAUGCAUUUGCCACUGUCAACUACACGCUCAUACCGUCUGUGACGGUGGAAGAGCAGGUGCAGGAGGUGGCUGACUCGCUGGGUUACCUGGUUAAAAAUGCAGCCAGGCUAGGCUUUGAUCCUCAACGGAUCAUUCUGAUGGGACACAGUUCCGGUGCACACGUUGUUACGCUGCUGGGGACCGACAAAAGAUACCUGGAGAAGGCAGGAAUCAAUAUUCAUACCGUGCGGGCGGUUAUCUCUCUCGACGGCUCAAAUUACAACGCACUGGCGGAGAUCGCCGACAGUCCGGGGCCGGUAGCGGAGAACACAACUAUAGGGCUCGGCACUGAUCCGAAACGUCUGCAAGAUGUCUCACCUACUUAUCAUGCCCGCGCGCCAAACGCAGGCGCAUUUCUGCUUCUUCAAGUUCAAAGGCAAGGUGAUAUCCGUCAGGCUGUCGAGCUAUCCGCGGCGCUGGAAGCUGCAGGUACCGAUGUUGCUUUGCACGUGUUCGAGGGCGAAAGUUUCGAGGGCCAUAUGCAAAUGCUACUACGCCUUGGUGAUACCACCUAUCCUGCGACAUUGGUUAUGGAUAAGUGGCUCAAGGUGCAUGUUCCAGUAACAAUUUCAAGUGCAUGA